AUGGCGGUGGGAAAAGGGUUGCAUAGGGUGUCGGGUAGAUUAGAAGUUGCGUUUAAGGUUCCGGACCUCUUUCCAUUUCCAAUGCCUCCCAUUCCAAAGAGCUCACUCCCAAAGAGAAUUGCAAAGAUCGCAGCUGGAUCAACGAUCGCUUCACUGAAUCGUCGACGGAAACGCUCGCCUUCUCUGGCUAAGCGAAUUUUGUUGUGUUUCUUUGAACUCUACCCUCCCCCACCUCCUGAAAGAAAAAGUUCUGAUGAGAAAUUACUUAUCUUAUGCAGUGUGAGCAUAUUUAUGAUGUCGGAAGCUUCAGUUCCUCAUGCUGAACAAAAGGAAGUAGGACCUAAUCAUUUUGGUUCCUGUAUACAUGAAAUAGUUGAGUUGUUAUCUGAAAAUGAGGAAUUCCUUUCGCCAUUCUCCUCUCAAAGUCAUGAAUUAUCUGCAGCAUGUGCAAAGGUCAAAGUUGACGGCAUACAUGAUGAAUGCGGUAGAGCAUAUAAAAAUUCUGCUGCUUCCAGUUCUUUAUUUUGUGAUGGCAUAGGAAACGGACUACCAGACUUCCAGAGAGAAAGAUUUAAGGUAGCUCUCAAGGAGAGUGUGCAGUUCCUGAAUCAAGAAAUUGAUGAGAUGUUAGGUCCAGUUAUGGCUAUGUGCAAAAUAAAAGCACAUCCAAGGGGAAAAGACGGUUUACCAAAAAGUUCAAGUGCGUCCACUGUGGGCUUGAGCCAACCGUCACGUAAGAAGCAGAAGAAAUCUUCUUCCCCUACAUUGAAAGCUGGUGGCUGUGGAGGGGUGGAUGAUGAUCUGCAAGUUCUUCUAGAAAAUGGUGGUUUGCAAGUUGAGAUGGUAAAGAAAUAUUCUGAUGAAUUAUUUGCAAAGCUAGGGCACAUGGAGCAACAGCUUGAAGAACUUCUUGAUACUGUGAUGUCAAAGGGCAGGUCGAUGACCAUUACUGAGAAGCAAGAGCUUCAUAAGCUUAUUCAAGAGCUUCCACCAAAAAAUAUGGACCGUAUUGUGGAAAUUGUCCAACGUAAGAGACCACCAGCGGAUCAUCCUGGUAAUGAGGUCUAUAUUGAUUUGGAGGAGGAGGAUAAUCAGACACUUUGGAGGCUGUAUUACUAUGUUGAGGCAGUUACAAAUGCCAAAAAGCUUGCAUCAUAGGUGAACACAAUUAAAUAUAUCUUUACAAGGAUUCGCCAAUGGUUGUAUCUUGGAGUUUUCAGUAUGAAGCUCACUAGUUCAUGAAUUUCAGUUGGUUAUGUGAGAAAACCCUUGUCAAGUGGAAGGGUUU